AUGUUUCUUGGAGAGGAUCAUAAGAAGGUUGACAUUGCAGUUGAGACCGAAAGCAAGCUCUCCCUUGGUCAAAUAAUCGUUGACAGGAGAGAGAAGUUUAAAUGGAAAGGUCUUGCUCAAGUGAAUGCCGCCAGCAGGGUGGACGGCCAGAAGUAUUUGGAUCUACUUGUGGACAGCUUUGUGCGAUAUCAGGAUUGA